GGUUAUGGAAGCCUAACUUAACUUGUAAUUGUAUGUAGUGUUUCGGAAUAGAAAAUUAUCAGGUAUAUAUUUUUUCUCAUUAGCAUAGGUCGUACAAUUUGUACUUUUAUAUGACUGUUGUAUGAAACGCUGAGGUUCAAUAUCAGAAUUUUUCAAAUUGGACAUCUGUGAGAGUGAGCCACCAUAAAAAUGUUGUAUUUAGAAGACUAUCUUGAAAUGAUUGAACAUCUGCCACAAGAACUACGAGAUAGAUUCACAGAGAUUCGAGAGAUGGACCUCCAAGUUCAAAAUGGAAUGGACAGCCUCGAAGAACAGGUUAAACAGUUCUUUCCUAAUGCCAAGAAACUAAAACCAGAUCAAAGAGAUGCAGAGUAUGAAAAGAUUAGAGAGGAUUAUUACAAGGCCCUGGAAGAUGCAGAUGAGAAAGUUCAAAUAGCAAACCAGAUGUAUGACUUGGUGGACAGAUACUUAAGAAGAUUGGAUCAAGAGCUUCAGAAAUUUAAAAUGGAAUUAGAAGCAGAUAACCCAGGAAUUACAGAAGUUUUAGAAAAAAGAUCUUUGGAGUUAGAUAAACUUCCAAAACUUCAAAACAGUCUAAAGGCAGAAAAACGCAAGCUGAGUGUGGCAGGAGGACAGAUCGGUCAACCAGAGAAACGGACACAGUCAGAGAAGGUAUUAGCAUCUAUAGGACACGAAGGGAGCCGGGAAGCAAAAAAUACUGGAGGAACUUCAUCAAGUCAGUCAUCUACAUCAUCUGUGAGCAGCACUGGAGGAGAAAAAGUGGCAACCUCCCAGUCAUCGUUAAGCUACGGUCUUCCGGUUGGUAGUAAUGCCAUUGCAGCCGCUGCAUCCCAAGCAAUAGCAGCAACUCAGCAGAUGCAGCAGGGUAGGAGAACAGCUAGUUUAAAAGCCAGCUAUGAGGCAAUUAACACAGGAACACUUAACCACCUUCCCAAUUUAAGUAGAGAAUUUACAUUGGCAAGUAAAGACAUUGGUUCUUUGUCAUCAGUUCCAACUGCUCAUGAAACUACAAAGAAAUCAAAGAAAGGUUCAUCACGUACUAAUCAAGCCCAGCCUGUUGAACCCCUACCUCCUCCGUCAGAAGACUCUGGUGAUUCGAGCUAUUACGAUGAGAGCAAUCAAGCUGUAGACUGGACAUACGAUCCAAAUGAGCCUCGUUACUGCAUAUGUAACCAAGUGUCUUAUGGUGACAUGGUUGCUUGUGAUAACGAGGAUUGCCCAUUUGAAUGGUUCCACUACCCUUGUGUUGGAAUCACUCAGCCACCCAAAGGGAAAUGGUUUUGUCCUCAGUGUACUGCAGCUAUGAAAAGAAGAGGGAAAAAAGAAAAAUAAUUUGAUAUAUGUGCAUGAAUAUAGUUAUGUAUGUUCAGAAAGAUUGGCCAGAUCUUUUGGAAGUUUAUUCUGUGAUAACUGUGUGUUUCUAGCUUUGCCGACUUGUGUGUCGACUGAUUCUGGUUCUUUUUAUCUUAACUAGUAGUAAUGAGAUGUACUGUACAGUGAGUAUGAUUGGUUUGACAGUGUGUAAUUCAUUUUUAUUGUAGAAUUGCAAUGUUUUGAAUAAAUGCCAUAUCUUUUGUUGUGUUGAUAAACAAAAUAGAAGUAUUGUGUGUU